CAUGUCUCAGAACCUGUUUUCCAGCUGUGGAACCUGUCUUUUGGAACUGAAGGGUUGGGCCGAUGGAAGGAAGAAUCAACCUGAUGCAAUGAAUCAUGAGGAAAAAGAGAGAGCUAAAAGUCUGAUUAUUUCCUGUAAGAAAAAAAUGCAGGGAAUUCACCUGUGAAAGGGGAGGGAGCAGUUAAUACAGAGAGGUGUAUAGAGGGAACCACUGACAGAACACACACAGUCAGAACACAGCUAUAGAAGGGGAACGAGAAGAAGAGCAACAUGGGAAACUGGAUUGCAAAUAAUUGGUUUUCUGUUGUGGUCCUGGCUACCUGGCUGGGGCUCAAUAUCUUCAUAUUUAUAAAUUUUUUCAUGAUUUUUGAAAAAGGAGAUUCAUAUUCAUAUACCAGAGAGCUACUGGGGUCUGCCUUAGCCUGGGCUCGUGGUUCCGCAGCAUGCCUUAACUUUAACUGCUUGCUCAUUCUACUUCCUGUUUGUCGGAACCUCCUGUCAUUCCUGCGGGGCACCUGCACAUGUGUUCAACGUUCAAUGAGGAAACAACUUGAUAAUAAUCUGGCUUUCCAUAAACUCGUUGGAUAUACAAUUGCUUUGAUGACAGCUAUUCACACUAUUGCCCACCUAUUCAACGUUGAACGAUACUGCGACGCAGCACAAAAAAAAACAGAUACUCUUCCAGGAGAGCUGUCAAGCAUUGGAGAGGAUGGAACUUGGCUGAAUCCAGUGCGAUCACCGACAGUGACACCACCCUAUUUUGCAUUCACAACUAUUGCUGGCUUAACAGGAGUAGUGAUCACUCUGGCAUUGAUCCUCAUGAUCACCUCUUCCACUGAGUUUAUUCGCAGAUGUUACUUUGAGGUUUUCUGGUAUACCCACCACCUCUUCGUCAUCUUCUUCAUAGGCCUUGUGUUUCAUGGAGCGGGCCGUAUCGUACGAGGUCAGACAUCAGACAGUAUGGAAACCAACAAUUAUGAAAAAUGCCACAACUCCUUUACUCAGUGGCAGAAUAGCAAAAGCAGUAAUCGGGAUGACGACGACCACCACAAUGAUAAAUGUACAGUGCCUGCUUUCCAGGGCAAUGAACCUGGGACAUGGAAGUGGGUCUUGGCACCAAUGAUCUUGUAUAUAUUUGAAAGGACACUGAGAUUUUACCGAUCCCGGCAAACAGUUGUUAUAACAAAGGCUGUCAGCCAUCCUUCUAAGGUCUUAGAGAUUCAGAUGCAAAAACGAGGGUUCAAAAUGGAGGUUGGACAAUACAUCUUCAUCAACUGCCCCUCUGUGUCAGCCUUGGAGUGGCAUCCCUUCACACUAACAUCUGCUCCAGAAGAGGACUGCUUUUCUGUACACAUCCGGUCUGCUGGGGACUGGACUGACAAUCUUAUUAAGGUCUUUCAGGAACAAGCAGAAAACCCACCAAGACUUGAGGUGGAUGGUCCCUUUGGAACAGCCAGUGAAGAUGUCUUCCAGUAUGAAGUUAGCAUGUUGGUCGGAGCUGGCAUUGGGGUCACUCCUUUUGCAUCCAUCUUGAAAUCCAUUUGGUACAAAUUUCAGAGAGAUGACCAAAGGCUCAAGACUAAAAAGAUUUAUUUCUACUGGAUUUGCCGGGAGACAGGGUCCUUUGCCUGGUUUGCCGACCUUCUGCGUUCCCUGGAACAGGAAAUGAUUUGCUCGGGGAAAGAUGGAUUCCUUAACUACCGUCUCUUCCUCACCAGCUGGGACAGCAAAAUUGCUGGACAUGUUGUCAUUGACUUUGAUCAUGCCACGGAUACAGUGACUGGACUGAGGCAGAAAACUAGCUAUGGACGUCCGAUUUGGGAGAAUGAAUUUUCAAAGGUGGCAGAAUGGCACCCUAAAUCAACAGUUGGUGUGUUCUUGUGUGGCCCUCAAGCUCUUGGCAAAACCCUAAAGCAGUGUUGCCAUCAGUACUCCAGCCUUGACCCAAGGAAAGUUCAGUUCUAUUUCAACAAGGAAAACUUCUGAGCAGACCUGGGGCACUUUUAAGGAAUGACUCUGUGCAGGACCGAAUGCAGUGGAUAUACUCAUAUUAAGAUGAGCCACCAACAAGCCAACCAACAAGGUAUCAAGAACAGAGAGAGGAUGGCAAUGUCUGUACAAGAUACUUUGAACUAUAUAUAAAAGGUUGAACUUGAUGGACAUGUUUCUUUUUUCAACCUAACUUACUAUGUUACUAUGUAAACUCGGCCUGCCAAGCACAUGUACAUAAAUACAUAAAUAUUCUAGAACAUUCCUACGGAGAUGAUUUCACCCUGUUGCAAAGUCUCUCAGUACUUUGCCCGUAUAAGUGAAGUUCUGGAGAUAUGGAUAAGAAGGCCCCAUUCAUCGGGCAUUUUCAAUGGCCAUGAUGAGGAUCACAUGAUGCUCUUAAAGAGUGCAACUGCCCAUAGAAAAAAUCUUUUUGGUCAGUCACCCAACUCAUCUCUGAACACUUUUAUGGUCAAUGAGAAUUAAGUUAAGUUUGGAUCAGCUAGCCAAGUUAGCCACCCACAUUGGCAGCUGGUAUAAACAGCAACCCAUGAAUGGAACACUCAGUAUGGGAAUUAUUGGGUUUGUAUUUACUUCACCUGCCACCUAAAAGGAAUACCCUUAACUAGGUGGCUUGUACCAGAGGUAUGGGUAAAGGAAAACCCUUAGUAGCAUACCCGGAGCGCUCAGCCCCAUGUACCAGGGGCUAACAAUCUGCAGUUAUGAAAUCCUGAAAUACCAACCCAUUCGUACCAUCUAAAGUUGCCUUGGUGCACCCUGAUUUCUGCUGAUUGCACAAAUGCCAUAGGAUGAAUUAAGUGAAUGAGCCAGAUUUAUUUGUGUAAAUAUUGCCAUUUCACGUGUCUGCUCUAUCUUUUUUUCUCUGUGCAUUUUUUUAUAUCCUCUGGGAGGAAUAAGAUGCCAAAAUUAAACCCCAGCUUGUUCAGUCAUCUGCUGGCUGACAAUUGGAGUCUCUCUUGUGAAUGUUCAUAGGUUUGUGUGUCCCCCUAUGUCUAGGUUCCAUUAUGGUGUGAGGUGCUGGUUUUAUAAUAUUAAAAUAAUAAUAAUAAUAAUAACUGUCAGUGUGAUGUCUUUGAGAAGGUUAAAACAUGUUACACAUUUUGUUUGUGAAUAAUAAAUAUUUUUGUAACCAUUUCA